AUGACACAAACCGCACCCCUCAUGGAAAGAUUAUCCCGGUUCAAAAUACCACGCCGAUGGAGGCUGCAUCGGCGGGGCCAUUCGUCGACGACGGCCCAUGACACGCCGAAGACCGACACGACGAAGACCGGCACGCCUCCGACGAGUGUCAUUGAGACGCCAAAGAGCGAAGAACCGCCGACCAAGACUCAAUCAGACAUUCAAUCUAAGAAGGGAAGUCCUCAAGAAGACUAUUUCUUUGUGCCCUCGAUAGACUCCUGUGAAGAAGAACAAGAGCCGAAUGCGAAGCUUGCGACUGGGGGCAUAACCCUGCCUUUGGAGGAGUGCAAAUCUUUGCAAAUUCGGCUUUUCAAUGCACAGUUGAAUCAAACAAAGAUCAUGGCCUUAAAAGCAGAGCUUAAACAGGCCAGGUGGGACGUUCUGAUGCGCGAGCAGUCCGAACGAUUUUAUAACUGGGAGCUCGAGGAGGCCAAGGAGGAGCUGCGCAAGCUCCGCAAGAAAGUGGCUAUUUCCCUCGGUCUGGUGGUAUUGAAGAGGGCUGUUGGCACCGGCAUGGCCCACGACAUGGCCGAGCCCCUGCGCCUGCACCUCCUCAGUGCCGACAAAAGCACGUGCAUGAACGAGACCCUCCAUUUCAGUACCGGAAAUGUGACCAGAUGA